UUUGUCAUUUUUCUUUUUUUAACUGCCAUUUGGUAAAAAUCUUCUUGUAUUUAUGACAGAACUGUCUCUAUGCUUCAUAACUGCAGGGCCCAGAGACCAUGUGCUGUUGAACAGUCAACCCCAAAGCUAUGGGACUGUUCAACCAAGCAGAGCUGUGUCCUUAUCCGGCAGCCUUGGAAAAGGGACAACUUCUGGAUGAGCAGAAAUGCAGCCGGUCCCCGGAUUGCGAGGGUUUCCCAGCUCCGAGCAGUGCCGAAGGGGAUUCCGUUUUUUCGGAAAAUGACUCUCCGACAGGAAGCCAUUCCAGUGGCUGUGCGGAAGAUGACGAGGCCAGUAGCACAGAGAGUGCCCAAAACGGGCAUGAGGGUCUUUGUAGUGGAAAUGAUCCUAAAGGCGACCAACAUGCGGCUCUGAGCAAAAUCUCAGCUCUUGAAAACCGGCUCAAGGAGCUGCAUCAUCGGAAGAACGAGCUGAAUAUAGAGAUGGACCUGGAAGGUGCCUUGUUAGAAGGGGAACUGCAGGAGGAGAGGCAGGAGCUACGUCGGGAGGAGGAACGGCUGGUGGAACUGAAAGAACGCCUCGCUGAGACGGAGCUCAGGUGCCGUGAAGAACGCGAGAAGGUGAGCAGCUGUUCUUUGGCAGUUUUCUUCCUUUGGUUCUUCCUUCCAAAAUUCUCUAGUUUGCAGCUUCGGUUCUGGACUGGAUCAGGACAUCUGAAGUAAACCGUAGCUUGUCCUCUUCCAAU